UUAAAAAAUCAGUUUAAAUAGAGUCUAUUCAAGUUUUUUUUUUUUCUAUUUCUUUCUUUUUUCUUUACUAUUCUGUUACAUGUCUACUACCACUGACACACGACCUGGUUUAUCCACUUUGUUAAAAAGCAAAAUUGGUAAAUUCCAUCAUGCUCAAAAGAGAAAACCAUCCUCAUUACGUAGUAAAAGUAGCCCAGCCCUUAUUGUGGCGGCACAUGAGAUGAAACAAAAACCCAUUCCUACUUGUCAAACCAUCGUUGAUCUUUCGUAAGUAUCUUUAAAGAAAGAGGAAAAAAUAAGCUUAUGUUUUUGCAUAGUGCACUAGAUGAGGAUGGAUUUACUCAAACAGUCUCUUUGUUGCUCUCUCAACUCUUUGAUAUCCAUGACACAAGCCUCCAGCUCGAAAGAGUAAGUGGCGCAUUAACCAAUGCCGUCUUUUUUGUUACCGCAAGUCAUAAACGUAUGCUAUUACGUGUCUAUGGUGUGGGAUGUGAGCAAAUACUCGACAGAAACAAAGAACUUGACUGGCUCAGUCGUCUUUCUGAAUUGCAUAUUGGUCCUCGAUUGCUUGGCAUCUUUGGUAAUGGUCGUUUUGAAGAAUAUUUACCUUCCACUACGCUGACUUGCAAGGACAUUCGUACCUCUUUUAUCUCGCUACAAAUUGCUUCUCGACUACACCAAUUACAUUCCAUUGUCAACACGUUCCCGCCUGAACCCAACGAGCCACUCGAAGUCUGGACAAACAUCGAUAAAUGGUUUGCUGCACUUGACUUGGCUCUUUUGAAAUCCAAGCAUCCUGAUUGGACAGCAGAAAUUGAAUCAAAACUCGAUGUGGACUCAUUACGUGAUGAAAUCGAGUGGUGCAAGUCUAUUUUAAUGACAUCCACCAGUCCAACUGUGUUUGCACACAAUGAUACACAAUAUGGUAAUAUUCUUAAAAUCAAUGGCACAGAGGAAUUGGUAGUGAUUGAUUUUGAAUAUGCUGGUUAUAAUCCUCGAGCCAUGGAUAUUGUGAACCAUUUCUGUGAAUGGAUGUAUGACUACCAUAGUCAACAACCAGCCAAGAUGCAUGUAGAUCAAUACCCCACCCUACAGGAACAAUCCUUGUUCCUGGCUUCCUAUCUAAACACACAAGACCAAACUCAAAUACAAGCCUUACAAGCAGAAGUGGAUGCUUGGAAGAUGGCUUGUCAUUUGUUUUGGGCACUUUGGGGACUUGUUCAAGCCAGCCAAAGUGAAAUUGAGUUUGACUAUCUUUCUUAUUCUCUUCAACGUAUUAAAGCCUUUCGAACAGAAUUAGAUCAUCAUAGGCGAUAGAAAGAAAAAUAAAAAAAAAGCCUGUCCUACUCUCUAUUACCAUUUUUA